CGCCAAAGCGCCACCUUGGGUAAAGAAACCUUAUUGAAAGUCUGUGGACUUUUCAUUGACGACACCCCAAAAACCCCAGUCAACCCCAUCAUCCCGAUCCGAAUCUCGACAACAUCGUGACUGCUGUACUGUACUUUCAGCACUCCCAGAGGUAUUCAUUCAUCUACCUUGAUCCUCCUCCAUUUUUCAGCUUGGUCUUUCCCCUCCUUCUUUCUUUUCUAGAUUCAAGCUUUCCAAGUGUGCUUCUACUCAUCAUCAUCCUCGGCCCUUACACUGCCUACCACUGUCCUUUGCGUUUUGUUAUUGUCGUUAAAGUUCGUCUAUGAGAUCAAGAUAACCUCAUCCGGGCAAUCAAUACCUUUGUAUUCAACCGAGUUAUACUAUACACCACAUAUCUACACCAUACGCACGAAAAACUCACCACUCCUUCGCAGCAUCAGUGACACACCACACCAGUGGCGGCAUACGAUCCCUCUUUGCUGUGUCAAGAUAUCUUUCCAAGAGUUAUUCUGUCAACACAAACUCGGCCUCGAUACCAGGCAAGAGUUGCUCAAGUUCCCCUCUUGCAAAGAUUUAACUUUUUGGGAACUAUUCGGCCCAUCUUCAACUUUACAACUUUACUCGUCAACGUAUCAAGAUAACGCAAGCAACUCUAAUUACUCACUCCCCUCUGUUUCUCGUGGCCCGCGUCUAUAUAAGCCUUUGUGCUCCUCGGUGGCAUUCUUUUACCUCAGGCCACGCAUAAAGCGUUGAAAAAAACUCUUGCAAACAUUUGAGCUGUGUCAAUGGAGGGAGCUAGUUUCUCUUCACGGCGUCCCGCCGCAGGCGCCCUGCCUGCCAUGACUCUGCCACCCCCGACAACAGAUGUUCCAAGUAUGGCUAAAUACCCUUUCUGCUCUCCUUACCCAGGUAACUCGUCAGAGUCCUUUCAGUGCUCCCGGGAGGGCGAGUCGUUUGGGUGUGCAUAUCCGUCGUCUUACUCUCCCGUUCAUGGUCCCUUCCCAGAUCGCCGCAUCUCGUCUUCGCCCAGUAUUCUGACCCCUUCGCCAGGAGCCAGUGAUGGCCUGAGCCCCAGUCUUUCUAGCGUCAAUACCGGGAGUUCACAGGGUUCUCAAGCACCAGGCAACAUGUAUUCAUAUGCACAGCAACUUCCCCCGGCAUGGGCUGCACCAAGCAAUUCUUCCUACACUGUCAGCUCUGCGACCCAGGCUCAGCCAGCCAUUGGCCAACAGCACUUCGGUGGACGAACCCACCCGAUUUACAACCAAGGUCCCGGAAUGCAUCAAUAUAAUCACCCUCGAAGUUCUCAGUCGCCGGCUACUGGAGGUGACGGACUCCCAGCACCCCCUUACGAUCAAGUGAAUCAACCUUUCCAGACUUCGAUCUCGGGCGGAGGUGGCCAGACCACUCCACCGGGCCUCUCGACAUCUCAACACGCUCAAGGUGGAAUUUUGACUUCGCACAGCUCGAUAGCGACGCAACCUCCUACUCCUUCGAGCGUAUCUGCACAUGUCGAUUCAUAUACGCACUCGAGGCCCCCCAGCACACCGAACUACUAUACAUCCUCUGCAACUCAACCAUCUAGCUAUCCACCAUAUGGUCACCAGCCUUCACCGACCCAGCAUACCUCUUCUAAUGGCGGCCCUGUGCCUAGGGGCCUUGGAUCGAUGUCGGGCCCGCAUGGUGCUGGCAUGGCACCCCCUGCUUCCUAUCGAUCAUACACCUCUUAUCAGCCCCUCCCUACCAUGGGAGGAUCAGUCUUAUCCAACAUUCAUCAACCUGGAAGCCAAAUGUCAAUGAUCCAAGGGAUGUCCGUGGGUCCAUAUGGGCAUACCAUGCUAUACGCAGGGCAAGGCCAACCCCAACCAGCACAGUCAGAGCGGCCUUUCAAGUGCGAUCAAUGCGUUCAGUCGUUCAGUCGAAACCAUGAUCUCAAGAGACACAAGCGAAUUCAUCUGGCAGUCAAGCCUUUUCCUUGUAAUUUUUGUAGUAAAAGCUUUUCCAGAAAGGAUGCUUUGAAGCGACAUCGGCUUGUCAAGGGUUGCGAAAACAAGAGCAACGAGAAUUCUGGUGAUGGUAACGGAGCAGAUCGCAGUGGAGAGGAGAACGAUAGCCCUGACAUCAAGAGGGAGUAAUACAUCCGUAUCUCAGGGAGUUAUUGUUUUAAUGCGCGAUACCCAGGUUUCGGGACGACGACAACUUCACCACCUGGUUUCAAGAAAAUAACAGUAUGGCUAUCAUAAGGACAGGCGGCUAUCAUGGAUGCCUAUUUCGAGGCACAUGGCUCUACCAUCCAUUCUGGCAUUUGAACAAAUUCCCAUAUAGUACUUAUUAUAUAAUGUCUGCCAGGUUUGUCACGGGAAAAUAGGCGCUACAGGAUCCGGAAAGAUUGGAAUAUCGGCGUCAAGGUAUACGGAAUGGAGCUCAGGUGAAGGCGGAAUCCAUCAACGGGUCUUCAUUGAUGUGUUUAUACGACAAAUUAUGGCAUUAACAAGGCGGGCUCGGGACGGGACUUUUACCAGGAUUACGGAAUUGGGCUCUCAAGAGGAUGGAAACAUGUAUAGGUAUGACGGUUGUGCAACGCAUGUGUAUAUUUUAUUGGCCAAAUGGCGUUUUGCCCUUAACAGGGCGGUCUCUUGAUGGGAUGCGACGGUGCGUCGUGCAAUUGUUUCUGACUUAACACGUACAUCACGAAGAGUUUCACCGAGACAUUUGAUGCGAACUAUGGUGUCUUCAAAUGACUGCAAAAAAAGGCAAAGCACCACGAUGGUGGGUAACCUGGCAAGUAGGGAGCGAUGGAUCAGUCUUCCGUGCGAACAAGCAAGGGACUUCUUGAUUUGCCAGUGUACGAGACUAUCAAUAUGAGCUCUUUCAGCGAUUGGCUGGCGGCCUUUAUCUGGUUUCAGUUAUCGAAGCUAUCGAAUAUGGGUUCCAGAGUAGGAAUGGCCUACACAAACACUAGAGGAGGACCACUCGGCAUGAAUAUUUGGUCAGCCAGCCACAGUAAACUACCAUUAUGCUUGAAAACUAGCAGUACUGGAAUCCAAGUUCGGGAGCUCCUGGCGUGAAGGAAACGGUUGAGCAGGCAGACUCUUGUCCAGGCCUAAGCAUAGACGACGCAGCAGUGAAUAAAAGGAGGCAUUAGACCGCUAGAUGGGUCUAGAUGCAAUGACACGCUGAUCUACCGUAUCACGCAGAUCUUGAGGAUUCCAAAUCCAACUGCAACUCCCAUCAAGUUCGUAGCCUGAAGCUUCCUUGCAGAAAUUACCUCUUG